AUGGCGAUGGCCCCGAAAAACAUGAAGGUUUUCACGAUGUUGAUGUCACGUGAUGACACAUGUGUUACUGAUAUUAUGGAUGGAAUUACCGGAGAUUCGAUGUGCACGUAUCAUAGCUGUAUAAAAGCUUCGCCAUAUUACCCCUGGGCAGAUUUUCAUCGAGAUUCAUCGGGACUCCAUCCCCACAGAUUAUCCGGUAAUUCUGGUCUGGCAGUCAAUACCAUCAAUACUCGUCAACGCCUCAAUAGAAGGGCGAACCGUCUCGGCUGUCUCCGCGGCUUCGAUCUCCCCGCCGAUAAGCUCGCACCACUGCGAAGCGUGCUUCCUUCCCCAAGGCGGGUCGAGCUCCUGGCUACCACUCCUGCCGACUACUUCAAUAGACGCUGCUCGGCUCCCUGUUCAAUACUCGAUCCUGAGGUCGAGCUCCUAGCUACCACUCCAGCCGACUACUUCAAUAGACGCUGUUCGGCUCCCUAUUUCAAUACUCGAAUCCUGAGGUCUGAUUUCCGCGGAUCCAGCUCAAGAGUCGGGACGGACGACGCUACCUGCCACCCAAUAGAAGAAAGAAGACCGGUGCUUAAUUACUCUUCUAUCCUACCGGAUCAAUAA